AUGAAUCCAAAGAAGUGUGCGUUCGGGGUUUCAUCUGGUAAAUUCUUGGGGUUUCAAGUACACCAGCGUGGCAUAGAUGUGGAUCCAGAAAAGACUAAAGCCAUAAAUUCUCUUGCACCGCCUAAAAGCCCAAAAGAAUUGAAAAGCUUUAUGGGAAGAUUAUCGUAUAUUCGGCGCUUUAUCCCAGGCCUUGCUGCCACCAUGAGUGCUUUUACUCCAUUGCUCAAGAAAGGCAAGAGGUAUGAAUGGAGUGAGAAGUGCCAAGAAGCUUACAAGAAGGUGCAACAAAUAAUCGCCAAGCUGCCCACUAUGAAAGCACCUAUUCCGGGGCUGCCUCUCAAGCUUUAUUUGGCUGCAACAAACACAGCGGUUGGGCCUUACUUGCUCAAGAUGAUCAUAGUGGGGAAGAAAGUCCUAUUUAUUACGUAA